GCCGGCACGAGUAACGCAAUCCGUUGAUACGGCCGAAACCUAGAAAGUGUUUUCAUAAACCGCAGGUAUCCUUAACUUGACUGUCUCGUCACUUCUAACUUCUCCUCCUCCCGUGAACGUCUCCGCUUGGCAAAGUGAAGCCAGCUCAGCAUAUCGUUGACAGCGCAUCACUUUCAUCUCGAAACAACUUCACAAUGCCUUCUUACACAUCCGUCCACCUCAAGGAGAGGCCGCAAGAUGCCAUUGUUGCAGGCAAGACCUUCGAGACAAAGCAGCAAUCCGUGCCCUUGGCGUCCUCUCUCCAAGAUGGCGAAGUCCUCUUCCAGACACUCUACCUGAGUUUAGAUCCCGCGAUGCGCGGCUGGCUGAACCCGACACGAUCGUACAUUCCCCCUGUCAAGAUCGGCGCUGUGAUGCGCGGCAGUGGUAUUGGUCUCAUCGUCGCUUCGAAGAGCAAGAAGUUCCCCGUUGGCACAUACGCGAGUGGUAUGUGCGGGUGGUCUGAGUACGCGGUAUUGAAAGAGAAAGAUGUUGAAUCGCUGGAUCUGCCGAACGGUGCUGUGCCGACUGAUGCGCUGGGUUGCCUUGGUAUGACCGGCUUGACGGCAUACUUCGGUAUCAUGGAAGUUGGUCAGGUCAAGGCUGGCGACUUUGUUGUUGUUUCUGGUGCAGCUGGUGCAACAGGAAGCGUCGUUGGCCAGAUUGCGAAGUUGAAGGGCGCGAAGGUGCUCGGUCUGGCUGGUGAGGACAGUAAGGUUUCGUGGCUGAAAGAAGAACUGGGCUUCGACGAGGCUUUGAACUACAAGGAUCCACAGUUCAAGGACAAGUUCAGGGCUGCGACCAAAGGCCUCAUUGAUGUCUACUUUGAUAAUGUUGGUGGAGAGAUCCUCAAUAUGGCGCUCGCGCGAGCGAAGCCCUUUGCUCGCUUCGUCAUGUGCGGAGCUAUCAGCGAGUACAAUAACAAGAAGCCGCAAGGUCCAUCGGUGCGUAUCUCACCAACUAUUGAGCGGUUUCGAUAUGCUGACAAACACAGAACUAUCUUAUGAUCAUUUCGAUGCGCAUCCGAAUGCAAGGCUUCGUUGUCUUUGACUAUGCUGACAAGUACUCUGCAGCAAGGAAAGAACUUGCUCAGUGGCUGUCGGAAGGCAAGCUCAAGAGGAAAGAGACCAUCAUCAAGGGUGGUAUCUCGAAAGCAGAAAGUGCGUUAGUGGGUUUGUUCGAGGGCAAGAACACUGGCAAGACCCUGGUAGAAGUUGCAAGGCCGGAAGAUGCCAAGUCGAAGCUAUGAAGCUGUAAUGCCGGCAAUGAGACGGUAUUGAACAUAGCUGAAAGAAAAAUACAGGUGUCGUUACACAUCAAAAGGUGCGCAU